UUUAAAAGUUGAUAAUUCUCCAUCAUGUAUACAAAAUGUAUCUGUCAAAAGUAAUUUUCCUCCCUCUGCACAAAAAGCCCAGAAAUGGCGCCGCUGACACUGUUUACAUCAAGACAAGUGCAGAAUUUUACACUUCCUUCACUGAUGCCCUUUGGAGCUUUAUUCACAUUGUGACAUGGAACAGCAAGAGCGUGGAUGUGAUGCAGAACAACUCUCUAAUCAUGUGGAAAAUGAAAUCCUUCCAACAGAUGUCAAAUCUGAAGCUUUGUCUCAUAAGUGGUCAGAUAUGCAGAUGUUACCUAGAAGAAAAAAAAUUAGCCAAAAGAUUGAAAGCAUCAGCAAAAAAAGGGGAAAAAAUGCAACCACCAUUAGCCAAGAAAAGUGUACAGCUAAAGUGGACCAUGUUUCAGAGGACGAACACAUUUUCCGCACGCAUAUCUGCUCAGAAUGUAGACGCUGCUUUAAAACUCGCUCCCAUCUGGUGGAGCACAUGAGCCUUCAUUUUCCCGACCCCAGUUUGCAGUGCCCCACAUGCAAACACUGCUUCACCAGCAAGAGUAAGCUACUACUCCAUCAAUGUCAUCUGUGUGAGUACGGAGCUGUGGAACGCAACUCUCUGCGAUGACACCUCGUCACCAUUUAUGGGCAUCAAGAGGAGGAUGUCCACAAUGCUGAGCUGUUUACAUGCCCGACAUGUCAAAAGACAUUCAGUAAGAGUCAGGCUUUAAAGAUCCAUAUGAAGUCCCACAAUAAGACACAAGAUGGGCAGCCAUUGCUCUGCUUACAUAAGGGCUGCUCAUAUCAGUAUACAGAAAAUAAGAAGUUUCAAAAGCAUGCGUUAGAUGAGCAUCGAAUUGCGGCUAAUGAGUGCCGUCAUCACUACACAACUUUUAGCAAUACUGGCCUCUUCCUGCACAAAAAGAAAACCCGUGGAUUUGUGCACGGAGAUGUGGUGUGGCUUGAGAAGUAUGCAGAGAAAAAGAAAGAGCUGAACUCUGUGGAUUUGACGCAGAACUUUUUCUCCAAAUCUGCAGGACCUCAGACUGCAAAUUCUGCAAAUGGAGAACUUACUGAGAAUGCAAAACAGGCUAAUGAGACUAUAGAUGACUCACAAAAUAUCUCUAUAAACGUCAAUGAGGAUGAAGCGAUAGCGGCCACUACUGGAGGAACUGAAGAUCCGACUUUAGCACGGCAGGUCAGUUCUGAUAUUGUAUCUGCAAGAGAAGAGGCAUGUAAACUUUUUGAAGGACGUAUAACUCCCACUGAUGAAGAAAAGUGUGAUACCUCACUUUUCACUUCACAAACAAGCAUGGAUAGCAGUCUGACAACAUUUUUGCCUGCUGAGACCGUAAAUAUGGGCAACGCAGGUUUUGAUGCUCCCAUUGGUAGCUAUGUCAGGUCUCACCCAAUACAUACAGUCCACCAAAGCUCCCCGGAGCCAGAAGAUGAGGACAAUGAUGAUGAAGUGGCUUACUGUGAGGACCGGAGUUAUCCUGAAGAUCUCCCACCAAUCGCAGGAAGUGAAAGAAACAGGGAGGGACUCCAAAAUUCUGAAGUCCACCAAGAGAGCUCAAUCUCAAACUCAUCUCUAGAGCCCUCAGCUUCAGAAACACAUCUGCAGGUCAUGAGGAGACAGGAUAAAGAUCAGGCUAAAGCCCUAAUACUAGAGGGCAGGGUGCAGAUGCUUGUCGUCCAGACACGGGGCAACAUCUUCCAGUGUAGCCGCUGCUCGUAUGUGACCAGAAAGCAGGCAGCCUUAAUCCGGCACUGCGCGUCCUCCUGCCAGGUGAUGAAGGCAGCACUACACUGCCAGGACUGUAGCAUGCAGUUUAAACAGCAACAUUCUUUAAACACUCAUCAUCUCAAGAAAUGCAGGUCACUGCUAUGGGGCAGAAAGAAAUGUACAUUUGCAAGCACUGAAGGUCAGUCAGGGAGCAAUGCAUCUAUACAGGUGCAAAGCAAAUCAACAGAGGGCACUAAUAAAUCAGGAUCCCUCACAAAGGAACCUGAAAACUAUGAAGUCACUGAUGCUUCAAAUACAGGAGAGCAAGUUUUGGCUAAACCUGAAGGCCCUGCAAUAGUAAGUAAGGCUGAUUCGCUGAAAACCACAUUGCAAGAAAGGCAGGCAACUGUCACGAGUAGAAAUAAUGAGAAUAUCAACACUAGGCCAUCUUUAGCUGAGGCAGUGGACUCCAUAAAUGAUGAGACCUCUGGCUACAUUGAAGAUGAUGGUAGAUAUACUUGCAAAAUAUGUUCUUUUUCAUCUAUCAGGAACGUCACAAUAGAUCAUCAUUGCUCAACAUGCGGCAGAAGCAUGCAAAAAAAAAAAAUAGAUCUGGCUGAAAACAGGGAGCAGUUUGAGGAAGAGGGUUAUCCUAGUGACUCAGACUAUAAUCAGGAGGAAAAUGGGGCAAAUUACGUGGAAAGCGAUUCAGCAGACGAAGACCCAAAUCCCAGAUUUUCGUGUCCCAACUGUCCUUUUCAGUGCUAUCAGAAGAGAGCUUUAACAAGCCAUGAGAUAAAGGCCUGUUUAAAACCAGGGGAAGUCCCGUGUCUGCACUGUUCAUUUGUGGCUAAAUCUGAAAAAUCUCAAAACCAUCAUGCCCUGGGUUACCAGAAAGACAAAAAGGCUACUAGAUGAAAAAUGUCAGGUAAACUUAAGUGCAACCUUUGCUCCUUCACCUGCAAACAAGAGCAUUGUCUGAUGCAGCAUGUUGCUGUGAAGCACGAGGGAGUCCGAUCUCACAAAUGUCGUUUUUGUGUGUUCAGUACAACGCCACUAGCUACUGGAGGCCCAUGCGAGGACUGCGAGUACCGCACCAACCGUGCUGACACCCUGCGCAUCCACCGGGAGACAUGCCACAAAGACAUGCGUUCCUUCAUCUGCGAGAUUAGUGGCAAGGCUUUCAAGACAUGCUUCCUGCUCAAGACUCAUCAGAGAAAGCACAGCGAGGAGCGGCCUUACGUGUGCUCCGUAUGCCAAAGGGCAUUUCGCUGGCCUGCAGGUCUUUGCCAUCAUUACAUGUCCCACAAUCAGCUGCCAUUUCACUGCCUCCACUGUGUCUAUCAGGCCAAACAGAAAUUUCAGGUUGUGAAACAUCUUCAGAGGCACCACCCUGACUUGCUCAUGCAAAAUGGUGUGGGUAAGGACCAAGAGACCUCUAGCUUAGUUACACAGAAGGCCUGGACUGGAGAAAAAGACGAGAGACAAGAGAAUGGACAAACUGAUUUAGAACAUAUGCAAAAAGCAGCAGAUAUGUAGCCUUGUACUAUGUCUAUAUGUAUGUAUGUA